UUCGUAUAAAUUACUGAGCGGUUGAUAAAAUUUUACGGGAGAAAGUUGUUUGAAUUUCGCAAGUGAAUAUAAAAACCGGAAUUCUUAACAAGUGUUUAUUAGUGAAAUAUGGCUGACUUACCCAAUGUUCUGCAACAGCUUUUCAGCUAUAUCAACUCCAACAAGGAAGAAUAUAUUACUGCGUUGAAGGUUGCUGUUGCCAUACAAUCGGUAUCAGCGUGGCCUGAUAAGCGCGAUGAAAUACAAGCUAUGGUGCGGUUGGUUGCUGAUAAGUUGAGAAACCUCGGUACUGAUGUUGAAUUGGCUGAUAUUGGUAGACAGCGGUUACCAAAUGGUAAAGAAAUAGCCCUACCGAAUGUGAUUUUAGGAACUCUAGGAAAGGAUCCAAAAAAGAAGACAAUUGUAGUUUACGGUCAUCUGGACGUACAACCAGCUUUGAAAGAAGAUGGUUGGAAUACGGAGCCUUUUGAUCUGACCGAAAUCGAUGGAAAGUUGUAUGGCCGUGGUGCAAGUGAUGACAAAGGACCUGUUUUAUGUUGGUUACAUGCCAUUGAGGCAUUCCAAAAACUAAAUAUUGACUUACCCGUCAACUUAAAAUUUGUUUUUGAAGGAAUGGAAGAAAGUGGUAGUGAGGGUCUGGAUGAUCUUUUGCUAGCUCGUAAAAACGGGUUUUUGUCAAAUAUCGAUUAUGUUUGUAUAUCUGAUAAUUAUUGGCUUGGAAAGAAACGACCAUGUUUAACCUAUGGUCUUCGUGGCUUAGUUUAUUAUACUAUUGAAGUAGAGUGUGCUGUUAAAGAUUUACAUAGUGGUGUAUUUGGUGGCACUGUGCAUGAAGCAAUGCCAGAUCUUUGCUAUCUUCUCAGUGUACUUGUAGACAAGGAUACCAACAUUCUCAUUCCCGGCAUUGACAGAGAUGUUGCACCUCUUUUACACAAUGAAAAGGAAAUUUAUCAGAAUAUUGAUUAUGAAGUUGAAGAUUACAAAAAUGAUAUUGGAGCUCGUAGUCUACCUCACAAUGAAGACAAAACGAAAUUAUUGAUGCACAGAUGGCGUUAUCCAAGCCUUUCCAUUCAUGGAAUAGAAGGUGCCUUUUAUGAGCAUGGCGCAAAAACUGUCAUACCAGCUAAAGUCAUAGGAAAAUUUUCUAUACGUUUAGUUCCUAAUCAAGAUCCAGAACAUAUCACUGAGUGCGUUACCAAAUACUUAAAUGAGAAAUGGCAGGAACGAGGAUCUCCUAACAAAAUGAAGGUCAACCUUGUAAGUAGUGGCAAACCUUGGACUGAAGAUCCUAAUCAUCCUCAUUAUGAGGCAGCCAAAAGUGCAAUCAAACAUGUAUACAAAACGGAGCCUGAUAUGACACGAGAGGGUGGGUCUAUACCUGUGACACUAACACUUCAAGAGGCCACUGGCAAAAACGUUAUAUUAGUCCCUGUAGGAGCUUGCGAUGAUGGUGCCCAUUCACAAAAUGAAAAAAUAGAUAUUUACAACUAUAUAGAAGGAACUAAACUUCUCGGAGCUUACCUUUACGAAGUUGGAAAACUGGAGUAAAU